GAAUGUCAUGUGGUAUACCAGCAACCCCGACUUCACCAAGUGCUUUCAGAACACGGUCCUCAUGUGGGUGCCUUGUUUUUACCUCUGGGCCUGUUUCCCCUUCUACUUCCUCUAUCUCUCCUGACAUGACCGGGGCUACAUUCAUAUGACACCUCUCAACAAAACCAAAACUGGUCUUGCUCUUUUGCCCAGGCUGGAGUGCAAUGGUAUGAUCACAGCAUACUGCAAGCUCGAACUCCUGGUUCAAGUCAUCCUCCUGCCUCAGCUUUUUGAGUAGCUGGUAGCUGGGACUGCAGGCGUACACCACCAUGCCUGGCUAAUUUAAAACAAUUUUUUGUAGAGACAGGGUCUCGCCUUGUUGCCCAGGCUGUUGUCAAACUCCUGGCUUCCAGUGAUCCUCCUGCCUCGGCCUCCCAAAGUGCUGGUAUUACAGGCAUGAAUCCGGCCUGUAUUCACUGAUUUUUAAAUCUUUUGCUACAUUUGUUUUAUCAUGAGCUUUUGCUCUCUCUCUCUCUAUACGCAUGCUAUAAUUUAUUUUUUCUGAAUCAUUUGAGAAUGGAUGCACCUUGAAACGUAUCCCACCCAUAGAGGGCCCUCAGCCUUGGGAUUUUUGCUGUGGAUCGUCUGCUGGGCAGAACUCUUCUACUCUUUCUGGGAAAGAAGUCGGGGCAUAUUCCUGGCCCCAGUGUUUCUGGUCAGCCCAACUCUCUUCAGCAUCACCAUGCUGCUUUCUACCUUUUUAAUUCAGCUGGAGAGGAGGAAGGGAGUUCAGUCUUCAGGGAUCAUGCUCACUUUCUGGCUGGUAGCCCUACUGUGUGCCCUAGCCAUCCUGGGAUCCAAAAUUAUGACAGCCUUAAAAGAGGAUGCCCAGGUGGACCUGUUUCGUGACAUCACUUUCUACGUCUACUUUUCCCUCUUACUCAUUCAGCUCGUCUUGUCCUGUUUCUCAGAUCGCUCACCCCUGUUCUCGGAAACCAUCCACGACCCUAAUCCUUGCCCGGAGUCCAGCGCCUCCUUCCUGUCCAGGAUCACCUUCUGGUGGAUCACAGGGUUGAUUGUGCGGGGCUACCGCCAGCCCCUGGUGGGCAGUGACCUCUGGUCCUUAAACAAAGAGGACACGUCGGAACAAGUCGUGCCUGUUUUGGUAAAGAACUGGAAGAAGGAAUGCGCCAAGACUAGGAAGCAGCCGGUGAAGGUGGUGUACUCCUCCAAGGAUCCUGCCCAGCCAAAAGAGAGUUCCAAGGGGGAUGCGAAUGAGGAGGUGGAGGCUUUGAUUGUCAAGUCCCCACAGAAGGAGUGGAACCCCUCCCUGUUUAAGGUGUUAUACAAGACCUUUGGGCCCUACUUCCUCAUGAGCUUCUUCUUUAAGGCCAUCCACGACCUGAUGAUGUUUUCUGGGCCGCAGAUCUUAAAGUUGCUCAUCAAGUUUGUGAACCACACGAAGGCCCCAGACUGGCAGGGCUACUUCUACACCGUGCUGCUGUUUGUCACUGCCUGCCUGCAGACCCUCGUGCUGCACCAGUACUUCCACAUCUGCUUCGUCAGUGGCAUGAGGAUCAAGACCGCUCUCACUGGGGCUGUCUAUCGGAAGGCCCUGGUGAUCACCAGCUCAGCCAGAAAAUCCUCCACAGUCGGGGAGAUCGUCAGCCUCAUGUCUGUGGACGCUCAGAGGUUCAUGGACUUGGCCACGUACAUUAACAUGAUCUGUGGACAAGAUAUGGUGAGCAUCCUCCAGUUAGUUCAGAAUCUGAUGCAUGGAGAUGAAGAUGAGGAGCCCCAGAGCCCCAGAAUCCAAAAUAUUGGAGAACAAGGUCAUAUGGCUUUGUUGGGACAUAGUCUGGGAGCUUAUAUUUCAACUCUGGACAAAGAGAAGCUGAGAAAACUUACAACUAGGAUACUUUCAGAUACCACCUUAUGGCUAUGCAGAAUUUUCGGAUAUGAAAAUGGCUGUGCUUAUUUCCACAAAGAGGAAAGAGAAGGACUUGCAAAGAUAUGUAGGCUUGCCAUUCAUUCUCGAUAUGAAGACUUCGUAGUGGAUGGCUUCAAUGUGUUAUAUAACAAGAAGCCUGUCAUAUAUCUUAGUGCUGCUGCUAGACCUUGCCUGGGCCAAUACCUUUGUAAUCAGGUUAUCAAUUCUGUGCCUGAUGAUUUUCAUCCUGGGACUGACUUUUGUGGAAUUCCUUGGAUUAUCAUUAUUGUGUUUCUGGGAAUUUCUACACUUGCCAUUUUCCUCUGGAAAACUAGCCUUUGUGUGUCGUUCCUCAAGACUGUCUUAAAGUCACAAAAUGUACAUGACGGAUCCAAGGAUGUACAGCGGAAAGCCUGGAGGUCCAAUAGCCGUAGCCGGGAAGGAAUUAAAAUUGGCCUGGAAGACCUCUUUACUUCAUGGAGACAUAUGGAAGCCAAAGUUCGAGCUGAAGUCCAUAAAGUGACAAGGAAGGUCAACAGUCAUUACAAAAUCAAUGGACAGAGGAAGACUGCCGAGGAAGAGAAACAAAACAUGAAAGAAUGUGAGCAAGCAGAAAACAAGAGGCAGCUAUCAGAGGCAGAGGAGAAUGGGAAAUUGGAUAUGAAAGAAAUACACACCUACCUGAAACUGUUUCAACGCACGCAAGAGUUGCGGCGGCGGGCAGAGGACUACUACAGAUGCAAAAUCGCCCCUUCUGCAAGAAAACCUCUUGCCAACUCAGUAAGUUUGUUUGUUUUCCUUGCUUUUGGAUAUAGUCUGCCAGGUCAGGACAUGGAUGUAUUUUUCUCCCCACAGCUCUGUGCUCAAGCCUUGCAAAGGGGGAUGGCAGAGAAGAAGGCUGCCUACAAGCAGCACAGGUGUGAAAUGAGGCAAAAGCAGAGAGUGCCAGAGAGACGCAUGAGUCAGGAGCCAGUCCAGGGACAACCGGGCCUAGAGAACCCUUUCUGGAGGGCAGAUUCAGGACCUCAUUGGGUUCCCAUGAGGAACAGCAGCGGCGUCCCAGCUGAAAACACAGAGAAGACAAAGGGACAAUUCCAAAUGAAGGCCUUAAAUGAUGCUCAGCUAAGCUGGUUCUUGUGUGGCCUCUGUACCUUCAAAAGCUGUUGGGUCCUAUGAUUACACAUGAUGGGACUUGUACACUUGAAGUGAAACACAGUUUUAAAACUUGCUUUCUUUAGAAUUCCCACCUCAUUUUUCAAUGGACAAAAGUAUUCUUUAUGUCCUAGUGCACUUACAAUUUGGUAUUACCUGGGAGUGAAAAGAAAUAUUACAGCCAUGUCUAACUGACUUCUUGAGAUAAGAUUGUUCUGUCAGAAAUCCCUCUCCCAGUUCCCCUGAAACUCUUCAGGAAUCCACAUCUUUCCAGAGCUCUUUGUUGUCAUGGGUGGCACCUCCAGAGUGAAGAAGAUCCUUUGUCCAGAAGGGAAACAGAGGGGAAAUGAGAGGGUCCCGCAGGCAGAGCUGGAAUCAACUUCCACUCUGCCUCUUGCAAGCUGUGUGACCCUGGGCACAAUUUCUCCUUCCUGUGGAAACCUCUGUUUUCUUCGAUUUGGAGCAGGGUGGUCACACUGACCUUGCAGAGUUCUGAGAAUCAGAGACAGAACAUAAAAGGCCUGGAAAACAUUCUCCAAAAAGAAGAUGUAACAUGUGUGGACAAUGGGCUUUUCAUGCCUCUCUUACUCUCUGUUGACCUGGUGCAAGAAACAUGCUCUGGUGAUGGCUGUGAGGGAGGAAAGAGGAUAGACAUAGACACUCCUGUGUCUCAAACAUGCUUCUUUAUUACUCUGUUGUGACUCUGUCUUCCCUGGGGCAGGACCCCAGCCUGCCUACAUUUGCAAACAGACACAGUGGCAUGUGGAGACAACAGUGUGUCCCAAUGACUUUUCUUUACUCCCCAGCUGUGGGCAGUACUCAGUGGAAGGGUGAUAUUAUGACACUGAUACUGCUAUUUUGAAACCUGGAGGAUAGAAAGGUGCAAAAAUCUAUCACCAGCAACAGAAGGUGCAGCCUGUGUUGGUGGCGGUAAUUUUGUCCGUCAAAUGAAUAUGUGUGAAAACAUUUCCUCCUUCGGCCCUACAGGUCAGGAUGGCGGCAGUGGAGCACCAUCAUUCCUCAGGGUUGCCCUACUGGCCCUUCCUCACGGCUGAAACUUUAAGAAAAAGGAUGGGCCACAAGCCAACUCCUCCACCUCAGUGUGAUCUGAGAGGUCAACCACAUCCAUCAGUUAAAGGGUGUCUGAGACUGCUGACUCUUUCUCGACUACAGUGUCCACUAGGACCUCAACCACAUUCUACAACUGAUGAUUUUCUGAGAAGAGAGACACCUCAAGACGAGUGUGCCCUGGGACUUGAACCACUUCCUCGAGCUGAUGAUUUUCCGAGACUCAAGACACCUCCCAAGGGUCUUUUCAUACUAAUUUCCCCUUCUCCAGUUGAUGAUUCGCUGAGCCUCAAGACACCUCCCAAGUGUCUUCUGGUACCCCUUCCACCUUCUCCAGUUGAUGAUUUUCUGAGACCACAAACACCUCCCGUCCAGUGUCACCUGAGACCUGUACCAUUUCAUCGAGCUGAUGAUAUCAGGAGACUCAAGAAACCUCCUAACUGUUUUUUCGCACCCCUUCCACCUUCUCCAGUUGAUGAUUUUCUGACACCACAGAGACCUCCAGUCGAGUGUCACCUGGGACCUCUACCGUUUCCUCGAGCUGAUGAUUUUAGGAGACUCAAGACACCUCCCGACUGUUUUUUCGUACCUCUUACAUCUUCUCCAGUAGAUGAUUCUCUGAGCCUCCAGACAGCGCCUGAGUGUCUUCUGGCACCUCUUUCACCUUCUCCAGUUGAUGACUUUGUGAGACCACAGACAGCUGCCAUCCACUCUCGCCUGCGACCUGGACCAUUUUCUAAAGCUCAUGAUACUCGGAGACUCAAGACUCCUCCCAACUGUCGUUUCGUACCUCUUCCACCUCCUCCAGUUGAUGAUUCUCUGAGCCUCAAGAUACCCCUCGAGUGUCUUCUGGUACCUCUUCCACCUUCUCCAGUUGAUUUUCUGACAGCACCGAUACCUCUUGUCCACUCUCACCUGGGACCUGGACCAUUUUCUCAAUCUGAUCAUUUUCCGAGACUCGAGACACCUCCCGAGUGUUUUCCAUACCUCUUCCACCUUCUCCAGUCGAUUCUGUGAGCCUCAGGAUACCUCCUGAGUGUCCUCUGGUACCUCUUCCACCUUCUGCAGUUGAUGAUUUACUGACACCAGACUCCUCCCGUCCACUGUCGCCUGGGACCUGUACCAUUUCCUCGAGCUGAUGAUUUUAGUUGAAACAAGAUACCUCCCGACUGUUUUUUCCUACCUCUUCCACCUUCUCCAGUUGAUGAUUCUCUGAGCCUCAAGACACCUCCCGAGUGUCUUCUGCUACCUCUUCCACCUUCUCCAGUUCAUGAUAUUCUCAGACCACAAACACGUCCUGUCAACUCUCGCCUGGGACCUGGUCCAUUUUCUCAAGCUGAUGAUUUUCCGAGACUGAAGACACCCCCUGAGUGUCUUUUCAUACCUCUUCCACCUUCUCCAGUUGAUGAUUCUCUGAGCCUCAAGAUACCUCUCGAGUGUCUUCUGGUACCUAUUCCACCUUCUCCAGUUGAUGAUAUUUUCAGACCACAGACACAUCCCAUCCACUGUCGCCUGGGACCUGGUCCGUUUUCUCAAGCUGAUGAUUUUCCGAGACUGAAGACACCCCCACCGAGUGUCUUUUCAUACCUCUUCCACCUUCUCCAGUUGAUGAUUCUCUCAACCUCAAGACACCUCCCGAGUGUCUUCUGCUACCUCUUCCACCUUCUCCAGUUGAUGAUUUUCUGAGAGCAUAGACACCGCCCAUCAACUGUCCCCUGGGACCACGAUCAUUUUCUCCAGCUGAUGAUUUUCUGAGAUUGCAGACACCUCCUGAGCAUCUUCUCAUACCUUUUCCACCUUCUCCAGGUGAUGAUUUUCUGGGACCACAGACACCUCCUAUCAAGUGUCGCCUAGGACCGGUACCAUUUUCUCCAGCUGAUGAUUUUCUCAGACUCAAGACACUUCUCAAGUGUCUUUUGGUUCCUCUUCCACGUUCUCCAGUUGAUGAUUUUCUGAGACCACAGACAUGUCCCCUCGAGUGUCUUCUGGCACCUCAACCACCGUCUCCAGCGGAUGAUUUUCUGAGACCGCAGACACCUGCAGUUGACUUUCCCUUGGGACUCCUACCAUUUUCUCAAGCUGAUGAUUUUCUGGCAUCACAGACACCUCCCCUCAAGUGUCUUCUGGUACCUUUUCUUCCUCUCUAGUUGAUGAUUUUUUGAGAUGACUGACAUUUCCAGUCUCAUGUCCCCUGGGACCUGUACCAUUUUUCUCUAGUUGAUUAUUUUCUCUCUGUUUUGUUGUUGUUGUUUUUAUUUUUUUGUUUUAGUUAAAAUACAUAAUUCUUUUAUUUCAUAAUGCAGUAAAAGAAAUUAUCAUCACAUGCACAGAAGACUAGGAAAAGGGAAACUACUUACUUCUGAAAAUCCAGUAAUGUAAACCUAUUUGUACUUGUCCGUAGUACAUGAAAAUAAUGUUUAACAUGUUUUGAAUUAAAUUUUACCUGUGGGGCUAUACAAUGUAAUUCUCAGGAGUAAUAGUUUCAUUCAUUUCCAGGUUAGAUUACUGUAUGAUUCAUUAACACAAGGCACAGUAGCCAUCUUUGUCAUUAUGUUGCAACACUCAUCAUGUACCUCUCUAAAAUGGCUGAUUUAACAAGAUGAUGGCAACACGAAGGGGAGACUUUGGAUUGUCUAUUGAAAAUCUAGGCAAUAAGUAAUUAAGAAAAACUCUAUCUGAAGUGUACUUUCACAUACUUUCUGUUUAUAAUAAACAACAAACUUCCUAA